AAACCGAAUCGGAACAAAACCCCUCCCCGUGCAUAUCUUUACUACCUCUCACUCCCUUCCCCCCCUCUCUCUCUCUCUCUCUCUCUCUCUCUCUGUGCAAAUACAUGCAGCAAUCCAUAUAGGUAGAUUCCUCAAAACAAAAGAACAAAUCAACCGAAAGUCGACUUCUUUCUAGGGUUGCCGCACCAUUGAAUCAUAGAUUCUCUUCGGUUGGCGGAAAGCUUCUCUGGAUCCAAAUACAUAAUACGUGUUUUUAUAUGCAUGCGGUGACUCCGUUCAUUGAUUCGAAUCUGAAUCUCAAGAAGUCAAUCGCAAUCGUGUUUUCCUAUUCUCCGCUUUGAAAUUCGCGCUCUUUCUCUGAGCUCAAUUCUUCGUUUUUGUUAAUGGUCGUCGUCUAAGCUUUCAGGAGAAACAGGGCCUCUCGAAAUCCUCACUUAGGGAGAUAUGGUUGCCUUUGGGAAAAAGUUGAAGGAAAGACAAAUUCAAGAAUGGCGAGGAUAUUACAUCAACUACAAACUAAUGAAGAAGAAAGUAAAGCAAUACGCUCAUCAAAUUGAAAUCGGAUCAUUAGACCGUCGGCAUGUUCUCAAGGAUUUUUCAAGAAUGCUGGAUAUCCAGAUUGAAACAAUCGUCCUUUUUCUCUUGGAACAACAAGGGUUACUCGCAAGCAGGAUAGCGAAGCUAGGUGAACAACAGGAUUCUCUUCAAGAGCAACCAGAUAUAUCCAAACUAUCUGAUCUACGGGAAGCUUAUAGAGAAGUGGGGCGAGAUCUUUUAAAGCUUCUGUUUUUUGUUGAGAUGAAUGCAAUUGGUCUCCGUAAGAUACUCAAGAAGUUUGACAAACGAUUUGGCUAUAGAUUCACAGAUUACUAUGUCAGAACUCGUGCUAAUCAUCCUUAUUCCCAGCUGCAACAAGUUUUCAAGCAUGUGGGGUUAGGGGCUGUUGUGGGGGCCAUAUCUCGCAAUCUUGCAGAUCUUCAGGACCGUCAAGGGAGCUACUUAUCCAUUUACGACGAGGCGGCUCUACCUCUACAGGAUUCUGUUAUUGUUUCCAUAAAAGCAGCCGUAGACAGAUUAACCCACUCAACAAACUUCCUUGAUUUUUUGGCACGACAUGCAUUUAUAAUGCAAGACGAGUUACCUACUCCAACUGAGGACUAUGAAGAUGAUCAGAGAUACCAUUUUAUGUCGCUUCUCCUAAACUUGGCAAACACCUUUCUCUAUAUGGUCAACACAUAUAUCAUUGUUCCAACAGCCGAUGACUAUUCACUGAGCCUUGGCGCUGCAGCCACUGUUUGCGGAAUUGUUAUCGGUGCAAUGGCUGUUGCACAGAUCUUUUCUUCAGUAUAUUUCAGUGCUUGGUCAAAUAAAUCAUACUUCAAACCUCUAAUAUUUAGUAGCAUAGUCCUGGUUGUGGGAAAUACCUUGUACGCAUUGGCUUACAAUAUGAAUUCAAUUGCGGUUCUUCUAAUUGGCCGUCUGUUUUGUGGUUUGGGGUCUGCUAGGGCUGUUAACCGGCGUUAUAUUAGUGAUUGUGUGCCACUCAAAAUCCGCAUGCAGGCUUCAGCAGGUUUUGUUAGUGCCAGUGCUCUUGGAAUGGCUUGUGGUCCCGCACUUGGUGGUUUACUUCAAAUUGAUUUUACGAUUCACGGGAUCACAUUUAACCAAAAUACUUUGCCUGGGUGGAUAAUGGCUGUGGCAUGGCUAGUUUAUUUAGUGUGGUUAUGGAUAGCAUUUAAAGAACCUUCACGUGAGACUGAAGAGCAACAUACUCCCCAAGCACCAAAUGAUGAUCAAAUAGAUGACGGUGCUCUUGAAGACGGCCUUGCGCAACCAUUGCUCUUAGGUUCAGAAAAAACCCAAGAAGAUGAGGAUGGUGACCAAGAAUGUGAUGGAAGUGAAGAACCUCCUGAGGAGUCUCGUCAACCAGCCGCAUCUAUAGCGUCAGCAUAUAGAUUACUCACGCCGUCUGUAAAGGUUCAAUUGCUUAUUUACUUCAUGCUCAAAUAUGUAAUGGAGAUUUUACUCUCUGAAUCUAGCGUCAUCACCACAUACUACUUCAGCUGGUCCACAAGCACAGUUGCGGUUUUUCUUGCAUGUCUUGGCCUAACAGUUCUUCCAGUAAACAUUGCUGUUGGAAGCUACUUCAGCAACAUGUUUGAAGACAGACAAAUGUUGUUAGCUUCUGAAAUUUUGGUUUGCGUGGGCAUACUCCUAAGCUUCCAUGUAAUUGGUAAUUAUACUGUGCCACAAUAUGUAUGUUCUGGACUCAUUGUGUUCGUGUCUGCUGAAGUUCUGGAGGGUGUCAAUUUGUCUCUCCUCUCUCGGGUUAUGUCAUCGAGGCUAUCUCGUGGAACCUACAAUGGCGGAUUGCUUUCCACCGAAGCUGGAACUAUUGCGCGAGUGAUUGCAGAUGCAACAAUAACUGUGGCAGGGUUCUUGGGUGAGAGUAGGCUCUUGAACCUCACCCUAAUUCCUUCUCUGUUAAUUUGCAUAUCCUCUAUUAUUUUGACCUGCCGUACCUACAACUCUCUCUACUAGUUCAGUCUCUUCAUUUGGAAAAUGUCUUUAGGUCCCAAAUUGAUGUCCCAAUGGCCAUAACCAGUUGGCUAAUCUAUUUUUGUCCUGGUAAUUUGUCCACCUUCUUGCAAUAGCCUGAUCAAGAUGGUUUCCAGUAAGGAAAGCAUUCUCUGUAAGAUUGAUAUAUUGAUUUGUAAGAGCCCUUUCAAUGCAAUUCACCUUUGUGUAUGUACAAGGAUUAUUUGCUUUCUAUCUGAGUACAAAAGGGGACUGGAGCUUGAAAAGCCUCUUUCAAGAAAGCUUGGAUAACGAUCAAAAUCUGUUAAUGUAUUUUUGUAGUAUGAUAAAUGGACGAAUUGCUGUCAGUUGAUUUCA